AUGAAAAAUGUGGACUUAAGAUUUAAAAAAUUGUUUUUUAACUGUGAAUAGGUGAUAUAACACAUAUAAAUAGGAUAAAUAGACGACAGGCUAUAACCACCACUGAUCAUUGAUGAUUUACACCUGUCAUGACAGUAACGUCAGUUUUUAGCACCCAAUGACCAUCUCCAUUCAAUUUCCUGAUCAUUUCUCAAUCAGUGUACCAUGUGAGGUUCUACCGACCAGUGCGUUUAUAAACAGAGAAGAAAACAGGCUUUUCCAGCAUUCCCGAAGAAUUUUCCUACCGGACCCCCCAGAAAAGGAGACUGAACUUCGAAGAUUAUCGAUCAAUGACGAUCAUUAAUUUUUAAUCGAUUGCGGAAUAUUGAAGGAAGGUAAUAGAGAAAAUGGCGGUGGUACCUCCGGUGCCCUUCGACGAACUCCUGAAUCGUGAACCUGAGCUGAAAGAGUCUGACAUCCAGGCGCUGAGGGACUGGUGUUCAAAGCAGCCACAUUUGCCGAAAAUUUCGGACACCGAUUUAGCGGUAUUUUUGCACAGCAAUUAUUAUCGAAUCGAACCAACGAAGAACACUAUCGAAAGUUACUACACGAUGCGCACACAUCUACCGGAGUUCUUCAGCAAUCGAGAUCCCUUCGUAGGAAAGGACCUCCGUCAGGCUUUCAACACUGUAGCUUGUAUGCAACUUGAAGGACGAACUCCGGAAGGGUAUCAGAUAGCGUUUGGUUGUCUUAUGGACUUUGACGCUUCUCAUUACGUUUACAAUGACACCAUGAAAUUCUGGAAUAUGGUAACUGACUUGUGGAUACGUGAGAAGGGGACCAUGGAGGGGCAUAUUUUUGUUAUUGACGUGAUGGGGGUGACUUUCGGUCACGCGGGUAGAUUGAGUCCCCUGGGACUCAAGAAGUACCUCACGUUCUUGCAGGAGGCACUUCCGGUGCGUUUGAAGGGGGUUCACUUCAUUCAUUCUCUGCCAGUUAUGGAAGUUAUUCUGGCGAUGGCGAAGCCUUUCCUGAAAAAGGAGUUGUUGGAGAUCCUCCACUUUCAUACGACUAAUGACACCGCUGAAAAAUUCUUUCCCAUUGAGCUUCUGCCGAAUGAAUCGGGGGGUAAAGCGGGUCCUGUUAAGGACUUGCAUGUGAAAAAUAUCAAACGACUCGAGGCUAAUCGCGAGUUCUUCCUGGAGGACGAACAAACAAUGCGAGUAACUGAGGCUUUGCGUCCUGGAAAGCAGAAGACUGUCACUGAUCUCUUUGGAGUCGAGGGGAGCUUUAAGAAACUGGACAUCGAUUAAAAUUAUUUCAUAUGAAUCGAGAAGUUGUUCAUAAGAAAGAAAUGUUUAAAAAAAUGUCGCUACUUUCUAAAAUUUAAUUUAGAUAAUUCUGACUGUGUCUGAUUUUUUUAGAAUUUUAUAACUUUCGAAUUUGGCAAUUGAAAUUAAUUUAUUUACGACAAAAUUGAAUAAAUUGAUCAUGCUUGAAUCAAAUGCUUAAAUAA